CUCAGGCCGGCGAGUCCUCAGGUUUCACGUGGAUUUACCUAGUAAUGGAUGGCACCACCAAGGCCAGAUUGGGAAAGCACAGCCUCGAGGACACCAGGGGACUGAAAACUUCAAAAAGAAGACUCUUUUUAUUAAUAUUUUGGAGUUCUUUCUUCAGAGAUACUUUUGGGAUGUAGCCUUCACCUAUUUCCUGAAUCUGACAUCCAAACGCCUUUUGGAAAGCACCGUUCUAAAUUUAUCCUCUUCUGAAUCAUCGCUUCUGAUAGAUGCAGUUGCCUUGUUUACAUUGUGAUAUUUGAUUUUUUGUACAGCGUUACUUGGGCUAACUUUGGAUAUUUUACUUUUUGUUUAGCAUUUGAAAGUAGUUUUCAUGGAAUAGAGACUCAAAAGAAAUUACUCAAGGACAUCCAAAGUCAGAUUAGAGGAUAUAGCGUGUUUCUUUUUUCAAUUAAAAAAAAAAAAUAAGGAAUUGCAGUGUGAUUUCCCCGUCCCCUUUCGCUUAGAGGAACAAGGAUUUCACAGAAAUUUGAAAUUUCAACAAGAAAAACUUAAACUUCGUGGGAUUCCCACAUCAAAGAAAAGUUCCAAGUUUUCAGAAAGAGUUCUCAUUUGACAAUAAAGAAAAACUCACUUCCCGCAAAAGUAGAUUCGAUGCUGAAAUUUUAACUACACUUCCUAAAGUUGAAAUAAUUUGGGGAUAGAAAAGUUGCAGAAUUAAGAAAACUCUUUGAACCAAAGAAAGAACCUUCAGAAAUGAAAAGAAAAGAGAGAAUUGCAAGGCGCCUGGAAGGGAUUGAAAAUGAAACCCAGCCCAUCCUCUUGCAGAGCUGCACAGGAUUAGUGACUCAUCGCCUCCUGGAGGAAGACACGCCCAGAUACAUGAGAGCCACAGACCCUGCCAGCCCCCACACUGGUCGAUCAAAUGAAGAGGAAGAAAUGUCUAAAUCUUCUUUAGAAAAACAAGUUCAAUCCAAAUAUUGCACAGAAACCCCAGGGGUCCAUGGCGAUUCACCGUAUGGUUCAAGUACCAUGGACACCCACAGUCUUGAGUCCAAAGCUGAAAGAAUUGCAAGGUACAAAGCAGAAAGGAGACGUCAGCUGGCAGAAAAAUAUGGGCUGACUCUGGAUCCUGAAGUAGACUCUGAAUAUUCAUCUCGGUAUACCAAGUCUAGGAAAGACCCUGAUGCUGUUGAGAAACGGGGUGGAAAAUGUGAGAAGCAAGAAAAAUCAAGCAAAGAUUUGAGUUCUCCAUACUCCAGGACUGAGACUAUGGGGCUCAGGACCUGUGCAGUGGAAUCCAGGGACUAUGCCCUCCACAGAAGUGAGGUUUCUGAUAAGGAGGUGCUGCUAAAUAUAGAAAACCAAAGAGGAUGUCAAGAGCUGAGUGCCACCCGGCAGGCUCAAGACCUGUCCCCAACAGUUGAGAGUUCCUCAUCCUUCUCAUUCUCUGGGCGAGACUCUUCCUUCGCUGGGCGAGACUCCUGCUUUACUGAAGUGCCAAGGUCCCCAAAGCAAAUGUCCAGCUCCUCUCUUCAACAUCCUGCCUCCCUGAGCCACUCCAGUGGUGACCAGACACUGGCCCCAGAGGCUCGGUCCAGCACAGGGAAGCUCAAACAUGAGUGGUUUCUCCAGAAAGAUUCUGAAGGGGACACACCUUCUCUUAUCAACUGGCCUUCCAGAGUUAAAGUUAGAGAAAAGUUGGUGAAAGAGGAGAGUGCUCGCAGCAGCCCUGAGCUUGCCUCAGAGUCCUUAGCUCAGAGGAGACAUCAGCCGCUGUCAGUCCAUUACCUAUCCUUUCAGUCAGAAAACUCAGCCUUCGAUAGGGUCUCGAGCAAAGCAGUGAGCUCUGUGAGACAGCCAAGCCGUGGCUACGUCCAGCCAGUGGACCCCGUGCACACCGUCAAGCUGGUGACCGCAGAGACCCCAGAAAGUGCGUCUGAGUGCAGCAGGGCAGGAUCAGCUAUCCCAAAUGUCAUCAAGCCUUCCACCUCAAAGGUUCUAGAAGAUGAGAAAGAAGAUGCCCCCGUCCUUCAUAUUUCUGAAUCUAAAGAAGAAGAUGAUGUGCUCUUCACUGAAGCUCUGGAGAAAAACCAGAAAACACUCUUGACCUUGGAGGAGGGUGGGCUUGCAAGCAGUCACAAAGCCUCCUCUGGGAACGAAGACUUGGGGCAGCAGCCUGCUGUUAGCACAGUCUCCUUAGAACCUCAGAAGGAACCUCAAGUUCAGCUCCAGCCUGCUGAGAGAAUGGGCCGAAGUGAAAUGGUUUUAUAUGUUCAGAGUGAGCCUGUGUCCCAGGAGGCCACACCAACCAGUCGCCAAAAGGGAGCACCUCCGAAGAAGCACAAGGUCCGUACCCGCUCGCUGUCCGAUUACACGGGUCCCCCUCAGCUCCAGGCCUUGAGGUGUAAGGACCCAGCUCCAAAGCGAGAGCUGGAGCCACAGAGUUCCAAGACCGAAGGGCCCAGUGCAGAAGCCAGCAUCCUAGACACCAAGGUCUCCGUGGCCCAGCUCCGAAAUAUGUUUCUGGAGUCUGCCAGAGCCAACAAGAAACCUGAACUCCAAUCACGGGUUGAGAAGUCAUCUGAAGGACUUGGCUUGCCUACCCGUAUGGAACGGGAGAGAGGGUCCCGGAAACCGAGACGCUAUUUUUCUCCUGGUGAAAGUAGAAAAACUUCUGAGCGAUUUAGAACUCAACCUAUAACCUCAGCAGAACGAAAGGAAUCGGAUAGGUAUACUUCAAGUUCAGAAAUGCCAACUGUUGAAGAUGAAGAAAAGGUAGAUGAACGAGCCAAACUGAGUGUUGCUGCCAAGAGGCUGCUUUUCAGGGAAAUGGAGAAAUCAUUUGAGGAAAAAAAUGUCCCAAAGAGAUGCUCGAGAAACCCAGCCGUGGAGCAAAGGCUGCGCCGCCUGCAGGACAGGUCUCACACCCAGCCCAUAACCACUGAGGAAGUCGUCAUUGCCACCACUGAAUCUAUCGCUGCUUCGUGUUCUGGGGUCACCCAACCUGUUAUGACGAGACUUCCUAGUCCUACUGUAGCUAGGAGCUCUGUGCAGCCCGCCAGAUUACAGGCAUCUGUUCACCAAAAGGCUUUAAUCAGGGACGAGGCAAAUGAGGGCAAAGAUUCUGCUGAACAAGGAGAACCUGAUUCCUCCACUCUGAGCUUAGCAGAGAAGUUGGCCUUGUUUAACAAAUUGUCCCAGCCGGUCUCAAGAACUAUUUCUACCCAAAACAGAAUAGACAUGAGACAGAGGAGAAUGAAUGCCCGCUAUCAAACCCAGCCCGUCACACUUGAAGAGGUGGAACAGGUUCAAAAUGGGAAACUCAUUCCCUUCUCACCUACUGUGAACACAUCUGUGUCCACCAUGGCCUCUACUGCCACCCCCAUGUAUGCAGGGGAUCUUCGGACAAAGCCACCUGUUGAUGACAGUACAGAUACCACUGACUAUAAGUUUCCUUCUCCGAUAGAAAAUGCAGACUCUCCAAUAAAAGGCAUUCUGAAAUCACAAGCCUGGCAGCCUUUGGCAGAGGGUAGUGGGAGCAAAGGAGUGAUGAGAGAAUUUGGAGAGACAGAAAGCAAGAGAGCUUUGGCUGGAGACAGUGGUAUGAAGAAGUACGGGUCCUAUGAGGAAACAGAACUAUCCUACCCUGUCGUUGGCAGAGUCAGGGAAGGGGAUGGCCAUAAGGACUCUAAAUACCCUGCUCCAAGGAAAGGAAGCCUGGAACUAGCUAACCCCCACAUCGCUCAUCUUAAUGAAGAACCAAAGGAAUUUUCCACUGCUAAAAGCAGUGCACAAAGAAACCUGGACUUGAAAGACAGGCAGCCCUUUGAGGAAAAGGUGGACAUGGAGAAUGUCACAAAAAGGAAGUUUUCACUCAGAGCCUCAGAGUUCGGGGAGCCUGCUUCUGAGCAGACAGGGAUAGCUGCUGGGAAAACUAUUGCUCAAAUAGCAACCCCAGGGUCCUGGAAGCAAGAAGAUUCUUCAGAACAAGUACAGGAGAAGUACUAUAAGAAUCCAUGUAGCAUGUUUGCUGUGGGAGAGACCAAAGCGCCAGUGGAGGAAGGCAUCCUUGAUUCGCCUAGCAAAACCAUGUCAAUUAAAGAAAGAUUGGCACUGUUGAAGAAGAGUGGUGAGGAAGACUGGAAGAGCAGAAUUAACAGAAAGCAGGAGUAUGGCAAAGCAUCUGCCAGUGACAGCCUGCACAUUCAGGAAGUGGAACAGUCGCUGAAGAAGAAGGAAGAAGGAGGAUUUACAGAUGAUAAUGACAUUUCUAAUCUGCUUUGGUGGGUCACAGAAAGUCCGGAAAGCCAGAUGACGAUCGAGGAAAGGAAGCACCUCAUCUCUGUGCGAGAGGAGGCCUGGAAGACCAAGGGCAGGGGGGCCGCCAACGACUCCACCCAGUUCACUGUGGCUGGCAAAAUGGUGAAGAAAGUACUUUUCCAGCUGACAGGAGGAAGGAGCAGAGUCAUUCACUUUGCUUGUUUAGCAUCACCCACGGCCAUAACUCCAGUAGCAUCCCCUAUUUGCAAUAAAUCAAGGGGUACUACGCCAGUUACCAAACCCCAAGAAGAUAUUGAAGCCAGACCAGAUAUGCAGUUGGAAUCAGACUUGAAGUUGGACAGGCUGGAAACCUUUCUAAGGAGGCUGAAUAACAAAGUUGGUGGGAUGCAGGAAACGAUUCUCACCGUCACCCGUAAAUCUGUUAAGGAGGUGAUGAAGUUGGAUGAUGAUGAAACCUUUGCCAAAUUUUACCGCAGCGUGGAUUGUAAUACACCAAAAAGUCCUGUGGAGCUGCAGGAGGACUUUGAUGUUAUUUUUGAUCCUUUUGCACCCAAGUUGACGUCUUCCGUGGCUGAGCACAAGCGAGCUGUGAGACCCAAACGCCGAGUCCAGGCUUCCAAGAACCCCCUGAAAAUGCUGGCAGCAAGAGAGGAUCUCCUUCAGGAGUACACUGAGCAGAGAUUAAACGUUGCCUUCAUGGAGUCAAAGAGGAUGAAAGUAGAAAAGAUGUCCUCCAACUCCAACUUCACAGAAGCUACUCUGGCUGGCUUAGCCAGUAAGGAGAACUUUAGCAGCGUCAUCCUGCGGAGCGUCAACCUGACGGAGCAGAAUUCUAACAACAGCGCGGUGCCCUAUAAGAAGCUGAUGUUGUUACAGAUCAAAGGAAGAAGACACGUACAGACAAGGCUGGUGGAACCCCGCGCCUCGUCACUCAACAGCGGGGACUGCUUCCUUCUGCUCUCUCCCCAGUUCUGCUUCCUAUGGGUGGGAGAGUUCGCAAACGUCAUUGAGAAGGCAAAGGCUUCAGAACUUGCAACUUUAAUUCAGACAAAGAGGGAACUUGGUUGUAGAGCUACAUACAUCCAGACCUUAGAAGAAGGAAUUAAUACACACACUCACGCAGCCAAAGACUUCUGGAAGCUCCUAGGUGGCCAAACCAGUUACCAAGGUGCUGGAGACCCUAAAGAAGAUGAGCUGUACGAGACAGCCAUAAUAGAAACAAACUGUAUUUACCGUUUGAUGGAUGACAAACUUGUUCCUGAUGAUAACUACUGGGGGAAAAUCCCAAAGUGCUCCCUUCUGCAACAAAAAGAGGUCCUGGUGUUUGACUUUGGUAGUGAAGUUUACGUGUGGCAUGGGAAAGAAGUCACCUUAGCACAGCGCAAAAUAGCAUUUCAGCUGGCAAAGCACUUGUGGAAUGGAACCUUCGACUAUGAGAAUUGUGACAUCAAUCCACUGGAUCCUGGAGAAUGCAAUCCACUUAUUCCCAGAAAAGGACAGGGGCGGCCUGAUUGGGCAAUAUUUGGGAGACUUACUGAACACAAUGAAACUAUUUUGUUCAAAGAGAAAUUUCUUGAUUGGACUGAACUGAAGAGACCUACUGAGAAGUGCGCUGGGGAUCUUGUCCAGCAGAAGGAAGACCCUAGGACCGACAUCAGGCCAUACGAUGUCACGCGGAUGGUGGCAGUGCCCCAGAUGACAGCUGGCACCAUCCUGGAUGGGGUGAAUAUUGGCCGUGGCUACGGCCUGGUGGAAGGGGACGACAGAAGGCACUUUGAGAUUGCCAGCAUCUCCGUGGAUGUCUGGCAUAUCCUAGAAUUCGACUACAGCAGGCUCCCCAGGCAGAGCAUCGGGCAGUUCCACGAGGGUGAUGCCUAUGUGGUCAAGUGGAAGUACAUGGUGAGCACCACAGUGGGAAGUCGACAAAAGGGAGAGCAUUCAGCAAGAGUGACUGGCAAAGAGAAAUGUGUGUAUUUCUUCUGGCAAGGCCGGCAUUCAACUGUGAGUGAGAAGGGAACCUCAGCUCUGAUGACCGUGGAGCUGGACGAGGAAAGGGGGGCCCAGGUCCAGGUUCUGCAGGGAAAGGAGCCCCCCUGUUUUCUACAGUGUUUCCAGGGGGGGAUGGUGGUGCACUCAGGGAGACGGGAAGAGGAAGAAGAAAAUGCACAAAGUGAGUGGAGACUGUACUGUGUGCGUGGAGAAGUUCCCAUGGAAGGGAAUUUGCUGGAAGUGGCCUGUCACUGUAGCAGCCUGAGGUCCAGGACUUCCAUGGUUGUUCUCAACGUAAAUAAGGCCCUCAUCUACCUGUGGCACGGGUGCAAAGCGCAAGCCCACACGAAGGAGGUUGGAAGGACUGCAGCAAAUAAAAUCAAAGAACAAUGUCCCCUGGAGGCAGGAUUGCACAGUAGCAGCAAUGUGACAAUACAUGAAUGUGACGAAGGAUCUGAGCCACUGGGAUUCUGGGACGCUUUAGGAAGGAGAGAUAGGAAAGCCUACGACUGCAUGCUUCAAGAUCCUGGCAGCUUUAACUUCGCUCCCCGCCUGUUCAUCCUCAGCAGCUCCUCUGGAGAUUUCUCAGCCACGGAGUUUGUGUACCCCGCCAGUGCCCCCACUCUGAUCAGCUCCAUGCCCUUCCUGCAGGAAGAUCUGUACAGCGCCCCGCAACCAGCACUUUUCCUUGUUGACAAUCACCAUGAGGUGUACCUCUGGCAAGGCUGGUGGCCCAUCGAGAACAAGAUCACCGGGUCUGCCCGCAUCCGCUGGGCCUCUGACCGGAAGAGCGCAAUGGAGACAGUCCUCCAAUACUCCAGAGGAAAGAAUCUCAAGAAACCACCCCCCAAGUCUUACCUUAUUCAUGCUGGUCUGGAACCCCUGACGUUCACCAACAUGUUUCCCAGCUGGGAGCACAGGGAGGACAUUGCUGAGAUCACAGAAAUGGACAUGGAAGUUUCGAAUCAGAUUAUCCUUGUGGAAGAGGUGUUGGCGAAGCUCUGUAAAACCAUUUAUCCACUGGCUGAUCUCCUCGCCAGGCCACUCCCAGAAGGAGUGGAUCCUCUAAAGCUUGAGAUUUAUCUCACGGACGAAGACUUUGAGUUUGCACUGGACAUGACAAGAGACGAAUACAACGCGCUGCCCACGUGGAAGCAGGUGAACCUCAAGAAAGCAAAAGGCCUGUUCUGAGUGGGAGAGGAACUGUGGUGGUCACUUUCAAUACCACUGGACCCGAAAAAAAAUGAAUAUUUUUUUGGACUUGUUUUUUUUUUUUUUUAAAGAAUGGUAUUUUUAAAACAGAGUUUUUCAGAACCUGACCUUAUUAACUAUUCUGCGCAUCCCAGAGUUGUGCAUUUUGUAAAUGUUUAAGAGAACUCUUUGGAAACUACCUUUCCACAGUUCAGGGGUGAUGUCAAUAAAAGCAUCGUUCAUAUGCAGAGAUUCCCCAGCAGCGGCUACAGCACUGCCCUCUUGGUCCAGCAAAAGCAUUGCCUUUUUUUUUGGUUCGUUUGUUGUUGUUGUUGUUGUUGUUUUUUGAAGCAGUUCUCUUUAUAAAAGUGUUAUUUUGAUAGUUUGUGGAUUCUAAAAUAUAUAUAUAUUUAUAUAAACACCAUAUAAAUCAAUAUGUAUUUAACAAAGCAAUAUGUAUUCAUUCACUUUUUUGUUGUUGUUUUUUGGUGUCAAAAUAUUAUUAAAAGGUAGAUGGAGUUGCUUCUGUUGAAUUAGGUCUGCCACCAAUCUGUAUGCUCACGUGCGAUCAGAAGCCUUCCUUUAGCGUUAGGUCUGACUUGUUCUGAGUACUGCUUCCGGUGCUAAAAUGAACAAAGCAUUUGUACUUAAGAGCAUGGACUUUGGCGAGUCUGUGUGAAACCAACCUUUCUACCUUAAUAUCUCCCCCAAAAUGUAUAGUGCCUUGUUUUUAUGUACAGUUUAUAUACAGAAAUGUUUGCCCUGCAUUUUUUUUUUUUUGAUGAUGAUGGUUUGGAACAUUAUUUACAGUUUUACUCUCAAAUAGUAGAAAUAAAAACAUCUCAGUUUCUAAUAACUGUUGUAAACAUUACACAUGUCAUUUUGUGACAGGACUCCCAAAUAAAGACUUCAGGAUAAUCACAACAAUUAACUGAUUUUGAUUCACAUUGAAUUCCAAGCCUGUUCUUUUAUGGGGCUGGGGGAAAGAUUUUGUUUUUUAUAAUUGUCAACCUCGUACCACUAUUUUGCCAUUAAAUAUUAGCUGUUGUAACUUUGAAUUUAGUUUAGGGCAGUAUUGUACACAAGGUCAUAAGGCUACAUAGAUAUUUGACCCAGAAAAUCAAUUCUGAGUACUAUGGUGAAGACAUAGUUUUACAGACCAUCAUCAGAAGCUUUUAACUCUAUAACUACAUACAUUUCAGUUUCAGGACCUCGGUCGGUGCCUUUCAAAAAAAAAAA